UCACGGAGCACCGAGAACCUACUUGACUGUGUACCUACGCGUUGGUACCUCCUACCGGUCAUGUACUCCGUAGUACAGGCUGCGUCGCUCGAUUUUGUAUAGUUCACUAGUCAUCUCAAUUUUUCUUUUCUCCUCUCCCCCACUUAGAAAGCCAUUACUAUAAGGCAGGCGUCUCCUGGAUAAACCGCCCCUCCUCCCCACUUGCCCUCUCCCAUUCUCCCAUUCCUCCCUCCACGCAGUUGAUCAGUGUUCUACUUCCCAUACAUUGCAUUGAAGAGCUACCUACGGCGUCUCUGAAGCCCGCUACACCGGCCUCUAAUCUACCAGUUCUCACAAUGAGCGCGAACGCCCAGAACCUUUCGUUCGUCCUUGAGGGGAUCCAUCAGGUCAAGUUCGAAGAUCGACCUAUCCCGGAAUUGAAAAGUCCUCAUGACGUGCUUGUGAAUGUCAAGUUUACGGGAAUCUGCGGUAGUGAUGUCCAUUACUGGGAACACGGCUCCAUCGGUCAGUUCGUUGUCAAGGAGCCCAUGGUACUGGGCCACGAAUCCUCGGGCGUAAUCAGCAAGGUCGGUUCGGCCGUCACCACUCUGAAGGUGGGAGAUCAUGUUGCGAUGGAGCCAGGUACCCCCUGCCGCCGGUGCGAGCCCUGUAAAGCGGGCAAAUACAACCUCUGCGAGAAUAUGGCUUUCGCUGCCACCCCACCGUACGAUGGUACCCUCGCCAGAUACUAUGUCUUGCCCGAAGACUUUUGUUACAAACUUCCGGGCAACAUCACUUUGCAAGAGGGCGCGGUCAUGGAACCUCUUGGCGUCGCCGUGCAUAUUGUGAAACAAGCCAAUGUCAGUCCGGGACAAUCUGUCGUGGUUUUCGGUGCCGGUCCGGUGGGAUUGUUGUGUUGUACUGUGGCCAAGGCUUUCGGCGCCUCGAAGAUCAUCGCCGUGGACAUCCAGAAGCCAAGGCUGGAGUUCGCCCGGAAAUAUGCUGCAACGGCAACGUUCGAGCCGGCGAAGGCGCCUGCCCUGGAAAAUGCGAGCCAAAUCAUCAAGGACAAUGAACUGGGCUCGGGUGCUGAUGUCGUCAUCGAUGCCUCGGGCGCCGAACCGUCGAUACACACCGGCAUUCACCUUGUUCGGCCCGGUGGCACGUAUGUGCAAGGCGGCAUGGGCCGCAGUGAGAUCACUUUCCCGAUCAUGGCAGCUUGCACAAAGGAGCUGAAUGUGAAGGGCAGUUUCCGCUAUGGCAGUGGCGACUACAAACUCGCAGUUGAUCUAGUUGCGUCUGGCAAAGUCAACGUGAAGGAAUUGAUUACCGGUGUUGUCCAAUUUGAAGAUGCCGAGCAGGCGUUCAAAGAGGUUAAGGCAGGAAAGGGCAUCAAAACGCUAAUCGCUGGUGUGUAAUAAUAUCCUGGAGACUGAAGUUGGCAAAUGGCGCAAGAUUCCUCGGGGCGUGGGCAUGAUACUGAAAAGCGAAGUUGGGGCUGAAAACUCCCCUCAUAAUAUAAACCAAAAUGAUAAAAUAAGGAAUUGAAUCCG